AUGACUCUUACAAUCUCCCCAGCAACACCGGAUGAUAUCCCAGGAAUAGUAGACGUCUGGUACAAAGUCUUCCGAGCCCCCAUACUGCUCGAAGCCUUCCCUGAUACCCCAGCCGUGAAAGCCUGGUUAGCCGAGUCGUUCAAGAGGUGCAUGGUUGAAGAAUCACGUCGCACAAGAUUCAUGGUCGUGACCGACGACGAUUCCGGAAGAAAGGUCGUCUCGUUUACCAGGUGGGUUAACAAGCAAGGCGGGAAAGAUGGCAUCUCGCACUGGAGUUCUCGAUGGGGAAAGGAGUUAGGGGAGGGUAUGGAUUAUGAUUUUGUCGACCAAAAGUUUUUUGGGCCGAUGGCGAAACAGCAGGAGGCUAUUAUGGGCGAGAAGCAACAUUUGGUGCUCGAAGUCUUGGGUACCGAUCCCUCGUAUCACAGACAGGGUGCCGCGUCAAAGAUGUUGCAAUGGGGACGUGAAGAAGCGGACAGAGAUCGCCUUGAAAUGUACGUUUCUGCGUCGAGUCAGGGACAGCCGUUGUAUGAGAGGUUUGGGUUCGCGGUAUGCAAGGAGCAACUUAGUAAAGAGACGUCUGCGGCGCCAAUGAUGAGACGUAUUGGGGGCGUGAAGAUAGGGGAGUAG